CACGGCACCAUCGAACCUCUCUACCAUGAACACCCACGCAUCACCUUUUUAUUUUUAUCCGCGACUUGUUUUUUAAUCCAGUCCGUGUUUUUGUUUCGCUCGUGUGUGGAGUGUGUUGGGGCUAAUUCUCCUGCACUAGUGUCUGGAUAAAGAAAGACUAGGUCAGCCAUGUGGAUGCGUCUGUUGAACAGCUGAAGAGAAGGAGGAGGAGGAGGAGGGAGGGAGUGUGUGUGAGUAGGAAAGAGAGAGACAAGAGGGGGGAGCGUGUGUGGAAAAAGGAAGCAGAGCCUGUAAACGGCGAACUCGCUGGUUUCCUUCCCUCGAUACAUCGCUGUUUAGUUUUCAUGUGGACGCUUUCAUCGUGGACUGUUUCUCUUCGGACGGACCGACGUGGAGCGGGACCGGUCCUUCACCUUCAAUUUACAAAUUCACCUCCUCUGCUGUGACCCCGAACGUCGAUUUCGGGUCGUCUUUUGUUGGAGCAAGUGCUCGACCCAAAUCGUGGAGAGCAGCUUUUUAAAAGAUCGUGGGGAUGAGAGAUAAGAGUUGCUGAUUCUGGAUUCGCUCCAGCUGGCUCGGCUUUUUAUGUUCGGAGGGGCAAGGAUCGCGUUUUUUUAAACUUGUUUGCAGCCGUGUUUGGGACCCCAAGAAUCAGCAGACUGGCGGCUUUUCUGAAACGCUGGGGUUGUUGGUGUGGCCAAAUUUUCCCUGGAUUUGACUGGUAAAUUCAGAAGACUGAAGCCCAGGCUCACAGUCUACCUUUCACGGAGGCCCAGCCGUGAGAGGACUGAGGAAGGCACGUGGCGGAUCAUGACGGCCGACAAAGAGAAGGAGAGGGAGAAAGAACGGGACAGAGAUAGAGACAGAGACCGGGACAAAAGAGAAGCCGGUAAGUCCCGUCGGCAAGACGGCGGCGACCGCGAGAGCGAAAGCUCAAGGCCCAGACGCAGUUGUACCCUGGAAGGCGGGGCCAAGAACUAUGCAGAGAGUGAGCACAGCGAGGACGAGGACAACGACAACGGCAGCACGGGAGGAGGCAGUGGCACGGCGGAGGAGGCCGGAAAGAAGGGCAAAAAGAAGAUGCCCAAAAAGAAGUCACGCUACGAGCGCACAGAAAAUGGAGAAAUCACUUCUUUUAUAACAGAAGACGAUGUUGUUUACAGACCAGGAGAUUGUGUGUACAUCGAAAGUCGUCGGCCCAACACACCCUACUUCAUUUGUAGCAUUCAGGAUUUCAAGCUGAGUAAACGGGACCAUCUGCUGAUGAAUGUGAAAUGGUACUACCGCCAGUCAGAGGUGCCUGACUCUGUCUACCAGCACCUGGUGCAGGAUCGCAACAAUGAGAAUGACUCUGGCCGGGAACUGGUAAUCACAGAUCCAGUAGUCAGAAGCAGAGAACUCUUCAUAUCCGACUAUGUGGACACUUAUCAUGCUGCUGCUCUCAGGGGGAAAUGCAACAUUUCCCAUUUCUCUGACAUUUUUGCUGCCAGGGAGUUCAAAGCUCGAAUUGACUCCUUUUUCUAUAUCCUUGGAUAUAACCCAGAGACCAGGCGACUAAACAGCACGCAAGGGGAGAUCAGAGUUGGUCCUAGUCAUCAGGCCAAGCUCCCAGAGUUGCAGCCCUUUCCUGCUUCUGGUGGACAAGCAGUGACUGAGAAUGAGGAGCUGGUCUGGAUGCCCGGGGUCAACGACUGUGAUCUCCUCAUGUACCUCAGAGCCGCACGGAGCAUGGCUGCCUUUGCAGGGAUGUGUGACGGAGGCUCAACUGAAGAUGGAUGUCUUGCUGCCUCUCGAGAUGACACUACGUUAAACGCACUUAACACUCUUCAUGAAAGCAGCUAUGACGCAGGCAAAGCUCUCCAGCGACUUGUGAAGAAGCCCGUUCCCAGGUUGAUAGAAAAGUGCUGGUCUGAAGAUGAAGUGAAGCGCUUCAUUAAGGGGCUGAGACAGUUUGGCAAAAACUUCUUCAGGAUCCGGAAAGAGCUGCUGCCCAACAAAGAAACGGGCGAGUUAAUUACCUUCUACUACUAUUGGAAAAAGACGCCAGAGGCAGCCAGUUGUCGAGCACAUCGCAGACAUCGCCGCCAACCUAUCUUCCGACGCAUCAAGACCAGAACGGCUUCAACUCCAGUCAACACUCCCUCUCGCCCCCCUUCUAGUGAAUUCUUGGACCUCAGCUCAGCCAGUGAAGAUGACUUUGACAGUGAGGACAGUGAACAGGAGCUGAAGGGCUACGCUUGCCGACACUGUUUCACAACCACCUCCAAGGACUGGCACCACGGGGGUCGGGAGAACAUCUUGCUGUGCACCGACUGUCGCAUUCACUUCAAGAAGUACGGUGAACUGCCCCCCAUCGAGAAGCCUGUGGACCCGCCGCCAUUUAUGUUCAAACCUGUCAAAGAGGAAGAAGAUGGACUCAGUGGGAAGCAUAGCAUGAGGACCAGACGGAGCAGAGGCUCGAUGUCGACGCUACGUAGUGGUCGUAAGAAGCAGACAGCCAGUCCUGAUGGUCGAGCCUCGCCUACCAACGAGGAUCUACGCUCCAGCGGUCGGACGUCACCCAGCGCAGCAAGUACUGACAGCACCGACAGCAAGACUGAAACGAUGAAGAAACCCAGCAAGAAGAUCAAGGAGGAGGCUCCUUCACCCAUGAAGAGUGCCAAACGCCAGAGAGAGAAGGGCGCGUCUGAUACAGAGGAGCCAGAGAGGACCAGUGCCAAAAAGUCCAAAACACAAGAACUGAGCAGAGCAGACUCACCCUCAGAGUGCGAGGGUGAAGGUGAGGGAGAGGGGGAGAGCUCGGAUGGGCGAAGCGUCAACGAAGAGCUCAGCAGCGAUCCUAAAGACAUUGACCAGGACAACCGCAGCUCCUCACCGAGCAUCCCCAGUCCUCGGGACAAUGAGAGCGACUCGGACUCUUCAGCUCAGCAGCAGCAGCUUCUGCAGAACCAGCAUCCCCCGGUCAUCCAGUGUCAGCCCAGCACCUCGACUUUGUCCUUGGUGCCUCCUCCUUCCACGUCAUUGGCACCUCCACUGCCUGCGCAGGUGUCCCCCACAGCGGCCUCCACCUCACAGCCGCUCCCACAGACAAGCCCCAUCGCUCUGAUCCAGUCCGGAGCGCCAUUACAUCCGCAAAGGCUCCCCUCACCACAGUCGCCGAUGAGUCAGGCUCCACCUCCCGGUCCUCCGGUACCACCCCAGUCUUUGCCCGCCCCCCAUCAUGGACCCAUGCCUCCCAUGUCGCAUCCUUUACAGGCUGGCCCCUCCCACAUGCCACACCCUCACUCCUUACCCCCUCAGGGGUUCCCCAUGGGUCAAUCUCCGGGCCAACCUCCGUCAAUAUCACAGCAGAGACCACACACACCUCCUCCCCAGUCCCUGCCCUCCUCUCAGAGUGGACCUCAGCCACCCAGAGAACAGCCUCUGCCCCCUGCACCAAUGUCAAUGCCUCAUAUAAAACCUCCGCCAACAACACCCAUCCCUCAAAUGUCGAACCCCCAGAAUCACAAACACCAGCCCCAUGUUUCAGCACCUCCGUUUCCUCAAAUGCCUUCAAACCUUCCCCCACCUCCAGCCCUCAAACCCCUCAGCUCUCUAUCCACCCACCACCCCCCAUCAGCACAUCCACCUCCUCUGCAGCUCAUGCCACAGGGUCAACAGCUUCAGCCUCCUCCUGCCCAGCCUCCUGUCCUCACCCAGUCCCAGAACCUCCCGUCGUCAUCCAGCCAUGUGCCUCCCACAGCUCCAUCUCUACCCCCCACAGCUCCAUCUCUACCCCCCACAGCAGCCGCCUCGCACCCCAGCGGACCACCUCAACCUCCGUUCUCCUCGCACCCAUACAAUACAGUUCUACCUCCGACAGGCCCGCCACAGUCCUCAUCGAGUUCAAUGCCGGGUUUACCACCCCAAACCUCCACAGCUGCAUCUUCCUCAGUCUCGAUGCCGCUCCCUGCCUCGGUGCCCUGCGCCAGUCUUGGGCAGACGCUCCCCCCUAUACAUAUCAAAGAAGAACCUCUGGACGAGUCUGAGGAGCCGGAGAGCCCCCCGCCCCCACAGAGAAGUCCCUCACCAGAACCCACGGUCGUCAACACGCCGAGUCACGCCAGCCAGUCGGCAAGGUUCUACAAGCACCUGGAUCGCGGCUACAACUCGUGUGCGAGGACGGAUUUCUACUUUACCCCACUGGCUUCAUCCAAACUGGCCAAGAAGCGAGAGGAAGUGCUUGAGAAAGCCAAAAGGGAAGCAGAGCAGAAAGCACGGGAAGAGAAGGAGAGAGAGCGGGAGCGAGAGAAGGAGCGAGAAAGAGAGCGGGAGCGAGAGAAAGAGGCUGAGCGAGCAGCGAAAGCCUCCAGUUCUUCUCAUGAGGGCCGGAUGAGUGAACCUCAGAUGGCUGGCCCUGCCCACAUGCGUCCACCGUUCGAUGGCCCCCCCACCACCAUCGCAGCUGUGCCUCCAUACAUCGGGCCGGACACACCCGCUCUGCGGACUCUCAGCGAGUACGCCCGGCCCCAUGUCAUGUCCCCCACAAACAGAAACCACCCAUUCUUUGUGUCCCUAAACCCUGCGGACCCCUUGCUGGCCUAUCACAUGCCCAGCCUGUACAAUGCUGACCCUGCCAUGAGGGAGCGUGAGCUCCGAGAGCGGGAGAUGAGGGAACGUGAGAUACGGGAGCGAGAGCUCAGAGAGCGCAUGAAGCCAGGUUUUGAGGUCAAGCCUCCAGAGAUGGACUCUCUCCACCCCUCCACCAAUCCCAUGGAGCACUUUGCCCGCCAUGGAGCCAUCACCCUGCCCCCUAUGGCUGGACCUCAUCCCUUCGCCUCCUUCCAUCCCGGACUAAACCCGCUGGAGCGUGAUCGACUGGCCCUUGCCGGACCUCAGCUGCGACCGGAAAUGAGCUACCCAGAGAGGCUGGCGGCCGAGAGACUCCAUGCGGAAAGGAUGGCCACUGUGGCCAACGACCCCAUCGCCCGACUGCAGAUGUUCAACGUGACGCCGCAUCACCACCAGCACUCGCACAUCCACUCUCACCUGCACCUGCACCAGCAAGACCCUCUCCACCAAGGUGGUGGUGAAUGCCUUGUGUGUCCUCCAGGUUCCGGGGCCCAUCCGCUGGCCGUGGAUCCCCUCGCAGCAGGACCACACCUGGCUCGGUUCCCGUAUCCACCCGGCGCCAUCCCCAACCCGCUCCUGGGACAGCCUCCACACGAACACGAGAUGCUGCGCCACCCAGUCUUUGGUACCCCAUAUCCCCGGGACCUGCCAGGAGGUCUGCCCCCACCCAUGUCUGCUGCUCACCAGCUGCAGGCCAUGCACGCUCAGUCAGCAGAGCUCCAGAGGCUGGCCAUGGAGCAGCAGUGGCUGCACGGGCACCACCACAUGCACGGAGGGCCGCUGCCGGGCCAGGAGGACUACUACAGCCGAUUAAAGAAAGAGAGCGACAAGCAGCUGUAGCCACACUAGGGAGGCGGUGACUGACUGUGCAGGACUGUGGAGGUCGUUCCAGAACCAUCCAACAGGAGGCGCCUCUCAAAAACACAAAGAACAGGCCAAGUGGAUCAUCGGAGAAUUAUUAUUUUCUUUUUGUUCCCGCCAAGACUGUUUUUUUUUUUUUUCCACUGUGGUACCUAGCCAGUAGUGAGGACGUCCUGCAUGACGACGCUUUUCCGGACUUCUCCAGUAGGUGCUAGAACUCCACACUGUGCUGAUCAACCACACAAAGACCGGUCCCACCAUUUAUGGAAGAAAUCCAACAUUUAUUUUGAUACAUUGUGGUAUUCUUUUUUUAUGGUUUUAAAAAGAAGCUAGCGCAUGGCUCCCCCCUCGAGUCUGUAAAUAGUAUAUAUGAACAUAUAAUUAUUAUUAUGACUAGCUGUGGACUCAAUCGUUUCAACCUGCAGUCGUUCUGAGGGAAGCGCCACGUUCACACAUCCAUCACACUCGGGUUACACACCUGAAUGUGUCGAGAGUUGAAACACUUGAAGAGAGGUGGCGCUGUUGUCGCGCCACAUGACAAAAACUAGUUUGCACUGAAAAGAAAUGCUAAAUUGGUUUUCUCACACUUGAAUCAUGAUAAUUGAGUGAAACUUGAUUUUUUUUUUUUUUUUUAAAGGGAAUCACGUUUUUUCCUUUGUAUCCGGGCACUACAUUUUUAAAAUGGAUUUUAACCCCACAGGUCAGGAUGCUUAUUUUAAUGGACGAAUGAACUCAAAUGUCGCUGUGUCGGCCUGCUCUGGUCUGGUCCAGUCCACCAUGUGUGUUGCAGUGUCCUGAUGCUGUGAUGACCUGGGCCUGCGGGGUCUCAUGUUUGCCUUGUUGACACACACACACACACACACACACAAACCCCUACACACACCUGCCUGAGUGUGUGUGUGUGUGUUGCUGACUGUUACAUGUCGUGGUGAGUCGCCACACACGAGCCCUCAAUUUUAACUUCUGUUGUGCCGCCGUGACGUAUUUUAUUUCGGGGUCUAAGACUGUUGAGCUGUUGCGGCCUUUUAAACUUUUUUUAUGUUAACCAAAUGAAGAAACUGUACUGGCAUUUGAACGUCGUCCCACCACGGUUUUUAGAGUCAUCAGCCAAAUCAUACCCGCAUUUUUUUAAAAGUCUGACCAGAACCUGUUGCUCUGUCUCUUCCUCCUCUCCUCAGACACACUCCUCCUACGUCUCCCCCCUUUUUUGCCUCUUUUUUGUGUCUCCAGUCCUUCGGUGUUAAGUGUCGUCGAUGGUUUAGCUUCUCGUUUGAAAGCGGCAAUAGCAGAAUGUGGAUUCUGACUGCUAAGAUUUAUAUAUAUACUGGUAUCUUGAAGCUUAUUGUACAUACGAGUUAGUCACCAUGGGAUGACACAAUGUAAACAAAAAGUAGAAAUAAUAAGAAAAAUUGUGAGUCCUGUGUUCUCUCCAUUUGAGUAUUUUGUAAUUUUUUUGGAAAAAUUUGUGGAAUUAAAAUAAACGACUAAGUUACACCACAAAAUUUGACUUCUCUUGUAAGGUUUUUCCCUCCGUAGCUCAACCAAUACAUGU